UAAAGAACGAGAUCUCAUAUUGAUAUAGAAAUCAGUUAGCGGACGUUCGUCAGAAAUGAAUGUUCGUCCGGACAGUUUCUGUUGAUUAAAGUUCUUAUACAAAAUAACCUUUAUUAGAGUUUAGACGCAAAAUAUGACGCCGUUCGGCGUUUCAAGACUGUGUUUUAUCAUAGUGAUUUUGGUACAGGGGAACCAAGCUAUCGAUUGUUUGGCGUAUAAAUCUGGUAAUGCUGUGACAAUUCCCCAGAACAUCGAAUGUACAUUGUCGUCGGAUCUCGAUGCCGACACAAUUGUAGUUAGUGGCACAAUAACUAUUACAAUGUCGGCAGAGAUUAUUGCUACUACCAUUGAUAUACAAGCAGGUGGUAAAAUUGCUGCUGAUGCUGUGGUUUCCGGUGGAACAGGGAAAGGAAAUGCUCACGGAUCUGGAGGCGGCCACGGAGGACGUGGAGGCAGUCCAGCCAAUAAUUUCCUUGCGAGUUCUGACGCAAUCGCAUAUGGAGAUAUCUUUAACUACGGCAUGUAUAUGUCCGGAAGUGAAGGUGGUGGCACAGGUGCCGGCUUAGGCGGUGGAUUCAUCCAUAUAGGUGCCGACGAUGUGACAGUUAAUGGAAUACUGUCGGCAAAUGGCGGUGACGCUACUGGAAGUGGGGGUGGCGGAAGUGGAGGAAACGUCAUGCUUGAUAUCCACAAUUCUUUUUCCGGUUCCGGUGUAAUAUUAGCUCGAGGGGGUGACGGCUCAGGUGGUGGCGGCGGCGGCGGUGGUGGUAGAAUAUCUAUAGCACACCAUCAAACCCCAUCAUUCACAGGAGAUAUUUUUGCAGAUGGAGGUCUAGGUGGUACAACGGAAACGACACUGUCAGCCUCUGGCUCGUCUAUGAGUUCUAGCUCCAGGCAAUCCUCGAACCCGGACUCUUAUGGUUACCUAGGUCAUCACAACUCAAAAUCUUGGAGACCAUCAACCUAUGCAGGCUCCUAUCUGGAAAUGAGUCUCGGCACAGAGAGUUAUGUCACGGCUAUCAAGACGAAAGGCGGCUCAGGCUAUUAUGUAGAAACAUAUACAGUCCGGUUUUACAAUGCUACAUCUAGCUCAUGGGUAUGCUAUUAGUAAUUCAAGAACAUUUUCUCAACAAAUAGUGAAGUAAAACUUACGCACCUUCCUGUUGGUAUUCAACACUUAGGUUCUGUGCUUGACAUGCAGGCAGAAAUAGUCUUUUAUGUAAUGUAAAUUAUAGUUUCUAAUUUUUAGAAGUCAUAAUUUGCUCAAAAUUUAGAUAUCUUUCGAUUCAGAUUAUUUCUUGUCCGAAUAUCAUUGAACAUCAUAGAAAACGUAUGUUUUUCUUUCGGAAAUCAUAAUUUAAUACCUUUAGUUGAUACAAAUUUCACAAAACUUCAAAAAUACUUAGAUGCGAAAUUGCGCCAUGUACAGUUUAAUAUUGAAUACAUAACUCCAUUAGAUGUAAAAAAAUAUCAUUGAUAAACUUGACUUAUCAAAAUCUACUGGUCUUGACGGUAUCGGACCAAGAUUGUUGAGAUAUUGUGGAGAUCAUAUUGCUUGUGCAAUUGCAUCUAUUAUAAAUAGUAGUAUAUACAAUGGUACUUUUCCUGAUAAAUUAAAAGAAGCAAGGGUUAUUCCUAAAUUCAAGUCAGGUAACAAACAAGACCAAGGAAACUAUAGACCUAUUUCCGUACUUAAUACAAUAUCUAAAAUAUUUGAACGUCACAUUGCUACACAGUUACAGGACUUCUUUAAUCGAACAGAUAUAAUACACAAAAAUCAAUCAGGAUUCAGACCUAACCACUCCUGUCAGACUGCUUUAACAUAACUAACAGAAACGUGGCUAAAAGACAUUGACAAUGGGGAGUAUGUAGGGGCUAUCUUUCUUGACUUAAGGAAAGCUUUUGAUAUGGUGGAUCAUGAAAUACUGAUAUAUAAACUGAAACUUUACCAUUUUACAGACAGAACAUUGGAUAUAUUUAAACCUUAUUUAGCUAAUCGAACACAGACUCUAGAAGUAAAGAAGCUGCAUUCCAAAAGAAUGACAGUACAAUCUGGUGUCCCGCAAGGAUCCAUACUAGGUCCCCUUCUUUUCCUGAUAUAUAUCAAUGACAUGGCGUUAAUUUCAAAUACUACCAACAUUGAUCUAUAUGCCGAUGACUCCACCCUACAUAAAUCCGCCGACAGUAUUACAAAAAUUCAGUCUGAACUUCAGUAUAGCCUAAAUAGUGUCCAUAAUUGGUGUAAAAUAAAUAACAUGUCACUUCAUCCUUCAAAAACAAAAUGUAUGGUAUUGAGCACUAGAGUCAAAAUAAAACAUACUAAAAAACUUGAGUUAAUUUUAGACGGUUCGGUCAUUGAAAAUGUGAAGUGUCAGAAAGUUCUAGGUGUAUAUUUCGAUGAAACUCUGUCUUGGCAAUCCCACGUUAGUACCGUGGCCAAUAAACUAAACUCAAAAAUUGCUCUACUUAGAAGAAUGGCAUUUUUCUUAACAGAUGAGAUGAAACUAUUGUAUUACAAUGCAUAUAUUAUGUCAACCAUGGAGUAUUGUUGCAAUAUCUAGGGACUUUGUCACAAAUCGGACACUGAUAAAAUUACAGUUUGCAGAGACGCGCUAUAAAAAUAAUCACAAAAUCAAAGUGUAGCAACUUUGAUGAAGUAUUAAAAAAUUCAAAACUUCUGUCUUUUGAGAACAGGUGCAAAUACCAUAUUUCAUUAUUAGUGUACAAAAGUAAAACAGGAGAUUGUCCUAUAUACAUUUCAGAUUUACUACAUUUUGUUCAUAAUGAUCAUUACAGUCUGCGCUCAGUCGAAAACAUGGAUCUUUCUAUUGUUAAACCUAAAACAAACUACCUGAAACAAACAUUUAGCUACAAAGCUGCACACAUAUGGAAUUCACUUCCUUCUUACAUUAAACUUCAUAAUAAUAAUAUAACUACUUUCAAGCAUAAUUUAAAGAAUUUUCUCUUGUUACAAUAGUUUUUAGCAAUUAAUUACUUGUAAUUACAAGAAUUUUGUUGAAUUGAUGUUACUGUAUUCG